AUGGUCAACUCCUGUUCUGGUUCCGGCUGCUCUGACUUGAACUGUGGCCAAGUCUUCUGUCAAGAGACCUGUUGUGCUCCCAGCUGCUGCCCCCAGACCACCUGCUGCCGCCCCAGCUGCGGUGGGUCCAGUUGCUGCCUCCCUUCCUGCUGCCAGUCUAGCUGCUGUCGCCCCACCUGCUGCCAAACCACUUGUUGCCGCACAACUUGCUGCCGCCCCAGCCGCUGUGUGUCCAGUUGCUGCCAGCCCUGCUGCCGCCCUGCCUGUUGUCGUCCAGCCUGCUGCCAGACCACUUGCUGCCGCCCCACCUGCUGCCAAACUACUUGUUGCCGCACAACUUGCUGCCGCCCCAGCGGCUGUGUGUCCAGCUGCUGCCAGCCGAGCUGCUGCCCCACCUGUUGCCAAACCACCUGUUGUGGAACCACUUGUCACCGCCCAACCUGUUGA